GCUCCGUCCGUCUCCGCUGGUUCUAUGAGAUUGCUGCUUUUGCAGCUUGCGCUUUGCGCAGUGUACACAGUUGCGGCUACAGUAAGCAAUAAAUUACUGGAAGACUAUGAACGCAAGCUGAAUAGUAUAAACGACAAACUCCAAUGGAGAAGAAAUCCUGGCAAACAUCGAUUGAAGAGGUAUCGCUGCAUCGAAGAAUAUGUGGACGAGUACGGCAAUGUCAUUGAAGAAGGCAAAGAACACUUCACUACCCCAGCACCAGUUCGAGAAUUUACUAUGCCGAGGAGAAGAACGAAAUUUCCGCGGAUGCACGGCGUUAAGAAUACGGGAGCUGAUGUCACUGAAAAGGGCCCUAUGAAAGCUCUCAAAGUGACAUUGGUGAAGAAGAAGCGAAAGAAGAUUGAUGGAGGAAGCGCGGUUUACUCUACCGUAGCCGGCUUGCAAUCGAGAACGUAUUCAUAUGUGACUGUGCCACUUACGACGACUACUGUCAUUCCAACGACCGAAAUCAUUGAGGAUGACGAUUCUGCAGAUGCUACG